AUGGAAGGCUCCAGUGAGAUGGAGUCGCGAGUCACGGACGCUGGGACCGGCGAGACUGCGCGAGCAGCGGGCGGGGGUCCGGCAGUUGGCUGCACCACUCGGGGGCCCGUAGUCUCGGCGCCCCUGGGAGCCGCCCGGUGGAAGCUCCUGCGGCAGGUUCUGAAGCAAAAACACCUGGAUGAUUGCCUGCGACAUGUAUCUGUAAGAAGAUUUGAAUCAUUUAAUCUGUUUUCAGUAACAGAAGCCAAAGAAAGGGAAACUGAAGAGGAGGUUGGUGUAUGGGUCCAAUAUACAAGCAUAUUCUGUCCUGAAUACAGUAUCUCCUUAAGAUGGAGUUUCGCUCUUGUCACCCAGGCUGGAAUGCAAUGGCACGAUCUCGGCUCACAGCAACCUCUGCCUCCCAGGUUCAAGCGAUUCUCCUGCCUCAGCCUCCUGAGUAGUUGGGAUUACAGGCAUAAUAGUGGAUCUUUGAAUGUUGAAGAUGUCCUUACCAGCUUUGACAAUACAGGAAAUGUUUGCAUCUGGCCAUCUGAAGAGGUUUUGGCUUACUACUGCCUCAAGCACAAUAAUAUAUUCAGGGCCCUUGCUGUGUGUGAGCUAGGGGGUGGCAUGACAUGCUUGGCUGGGCUCAUGGUUGCUAUUUCUGCAGAUGUCAAAGAAGUUCUGUUAACUGAUGGGAAUGAAAAGGCCAUCAGAAAUGUGCAAGACAUCAUCACAAGGAAUCAGAAGGCUGGUGUGUUUAAGACCCAGAAAAUAUCGAGCUGCGUUUUACGAUGGGAUAAUGAGACAGAUGUCUCUCAACUGGAAGGACAUUUUGACAUUGUUAUGUGUGCUGACUGCCUGUUUCUGGACCAGUACAGAGCCAGCCUUGUUGAUGCAAUAAAGAGAUUACUCCAGCCCAGGGGGAAAGCAAUGGUAUUUGCCCCACGCCGAGGGAAUACUUUAAACCAGUUUUGCAAUCUAGCUGAAAAAGCUGGUUUCUCUAUCCAAAGACAUGAAAAUUAUGAUGAACACAUUUCAAACUUCCACUCCAAGUUGAAAAAGGAAAACCCGGACAUAUAUGAAGAAAACCUUCAUUACCCGCUUCUGCUUAUUUUAACCAAACAUGGAUAGAAGAUUAAGCUUCUCAAAGACGGAGAAAAAUAUCAAGUGCACAGGGAAUAUUUUUACAAAAACAGAAAUCUGUAAGGGGUAUAAUCGCCUGCCUGCCCCCUUUGCAGCAUUUCACGUGUGGGCUAUGGACUCCACCUGUCCUCACCCACGUUAUUCCCCAGCUGCCCUCUCCAGCUCCCUCCCCGCCUCUUUUUACACUCUGCUUGUUGCUUUUCCUGCCCUAAACCUUUGUCUUUAAAUGUGUAUAAGCUGCCUGUCUGUGACUUGAAUUUGACUAGUGAACAAACUAAAUAUUUUUCCCUCUAAUUGAGACAGAACUUCUUUUGAUGAUACCCAUCCCACCUUUUUUUUUUUUUUUUUUUGGUCUUUGUUCUGUUUUGGUGGUGGUAGUUUUUAAUCAGUAAACCCAGCAAAUAUCGUGAUUCUUUCCUGGUUAAAAAAAUAAAUAAAGCAUAUCUUUUUAUCACCCUCCAA